UCCAUUACAUGCUCUAACUAGCUAUAUAUAUCUAUCAGCAGAAAAAAGCACUUUAACAUUAACCUACUUCUCCAUCAAAGCCUGAUUUUUCUUGUGUCCAAAACUGGUUUUAAUGGUUUUGAUUUAAAACAACAAAAAGAGUUGUUCAAAUCAAAACUUAUCAUUUUGAGGAAGGUGUGGUUCCUAAUUAUUUUGUAGCAGACACAACCCAAGACCAUGGGAAAUUGUGUGGAGACAUGCACAGAGAGGCAGCAAGGAGAGGAUCAAAUGCAGCAGCAAAAGCAUGAGCAAGAAGAAAGACAAAAUGAAAUUAGGUUUGUGAAAGAGAGCAAUUUGAGCAAAGAUGGCAACGUAAGGGUGAAGAUUGUGUUGACCAAGGAAGAGCUAGAGUGGUUGAUGCUUCAGCUGAAAGAUAGAGGAGGGAAGAGCUUGGAAGAUGUUUUGGAGGAGAUCCAGAGAAGCAGAGCCAAAGUUGAGGAAGGGUGGAAGCCUUCUUUGGAGAGUAUCAUGGAGUGCCCUGAAGUAAAUGAGAUGGAUAGAUGAGUCUCAAAAUCCAAACUCUUUUUGUUUUUCUUUGUUUGCAGAGUUUAAUUUGAUGUGGGUGAUGACCCAAUUUUGUAAUUAAAAUUUCCCAAAAUAGUGAGCUCAGAUGUGGUUUGAUAUGUAAAA